CCUGCCGUAAAGCGCAUCUGCCGUAAAGCGCGCCGCUCCUGUCAGUGUUGUUGUCUGAAGAUGUUGAAGAUGUUGAAGAUGGGGUCCAGGAGAGUCCCUGGUCUGGGGGGGGCCCCUGGUCCGGGGGGUCUCCCUGUCCUGGUCCUGAUUUCUUGUAUCGUCGGACGCUUCAGUGCGGUCGCUCUCCAGGACGUCACCGCCGAUCUGUUCGGAACGGAGAACUACGGGACAGUGGCGGCGUUCGGAGACUUCAACUCCGACAAACAGACCGACCUGUUCAUCAUCAGGAACCAGUCUGAGCUGGUGAUCUUCUUGGCAGAUGUGAAGAUACCUUACUUCAAACCUAAAUUCAACAUCAGUAAAGAUUCUUUGCCAAGUGACAGCAUCAUCACCAGCGUGGUACCGGGCGACUAUGAUGGAGACUCUCAGAUGGACGUGCUUCUCACUACCAGCCCCAAACUGGGCGAAGACACCACUGUGUUCAUCUUCUGGGGCAACAAUCAGACUCUGGAUCUGGGUUCACGGUUGGAGCUGAACAAGACCUUCGUGGAUCAACCUCUUGUCAUGGACUUCAACGGUGAUAUGAUCCCGGACGUGUUUGGGAUCCUCAAAGACGGCUCCACUGAAGUCUGCCUUCUGAAGGACCGACUGGUUGAGUGGCACAAGGCUCUCAGCGCCUCCGUCAAGAUGCGUGUUCCCCACUCCAACGCCUUCGUGGACCUCAACAUGGACUUCACCGCAGGUCCAGUUCCCCACAGGAGUCAGGUCUCUGAUGAUCUGUUCCUGACCACCCAGGACAACCAUUUCGAGACUUGGAUCAACAAGCAAGGGAACUUCAGCAGGGAAGAGAUCCUGCCUACUGAAGUCCCCAGGGGGUCCGUCAUCGUGGGCCAGUCCUCCUUUGUUGAUAUUGAUGGCGACGGCCACCAGGACCACCUGCUGCCUGUGUGUCUGGACGAGGCCUGCCGGAGCAGUGCCAUCUACCUGGCAGGACAGAGGAACAAAGAGUGGGUGACCCUGCUGUCGGACUUCCAGCAGGGGGAGACUAAGUGGGGCUUGGUGCCCGGGGCCCCCGGCCUGCCCUUGGCCCUUCAUCUGGGGGACUACAACCUGGACGGCUUUCCCGACGCCCUGGUCAUCCUCCGCAACUCCAGCAGCCGCGCUCAGCGGGCCUUCCUCCUGGAGAACGUUCUCUGUUCCGGCUCCAGCUGCCCCAGUGUUGGCAGGACGUUCCGGGUCCACUGGGACCAGUCGGACAUGGGCUCCAUCCCCCAGGCCGCUCUGGCCACCUUCUACGACAUCUAUGAGGACGGCAUCUUAGACAUGCUGGUUCUGAGCAGAGCAGAAGGCAAGGCCGACUUCAUCAUCCACGCACUCAAGAACAACUUUGAGGCCGACGCCUACUUUGUGAAGGUCAUCGUGCUCAGUGGCCUGUGUUCCAGUGACUGUCCUCAGAAAGUGACGCCGUUCGGGGUGAACCAGCCCGGGCCGUACGUCAUGUACACCACGGUGGAUUCCAACGGGAACCUGAAGAACGCCUCAGCGGGCCAGCUCAGCCAGUCCGCCCACCUCUCCCUCCAGCUGCCGUACAUUGUUCUGGGUCUCGGCCGCAGCGCCAACUUCCUGGACCACCUCUACGUCGGCAUCCCCCGCCCCCCCGGAGAGACGGACAUAAGAAGAAAGGAGUGGACUGCCAUCAUUCCAAAUUCUCAGCUCAUUGUCAUCCCGUACCCACACAACCAACCACGCAGCUGGAGUGCUAAGCUGUACCUGACUCCCAGUAGCAUCGUCUUACUGACUGCCAUCGCACUUAUUGGAGUGUGCGUCUUCAUCCUCAUCAUCAUCGGCAUCCUUCACUGGAAGGAGAAGGUCAGAACAUAAUGAACACACACACACACACA